UUCUCGACAUUCUCGUGCACACCAUAAUAUCGACAACAGCAAUUUGUGCGUUUAAUUUCGUACUCGACAAGUUGAUCGGACAGAAAACAUUCAAUAUCUCUGUUUGUUCUUAUUGCAAGUGUCUUUUAUUCAUUUUUAUAUCCUCCAAACACUAUAAAUCAUACAAUUUCAAUAAUGGCUUCACCGUUAGACAUGGACAAGUUUCUAGCCAAUUUGAGCAACCUUCCUACCCAGAUACAGCAAAAUCUCAGUCUGUUGCAAAGCAUCGAUUUAAAAUCGCAAGACCUGAUACGCAACAUAACAAAAGAGACCGACGAUUACCUUAUGAACAAAAAAUAUUUGACCGACAAAAAUAAUAAAUCUUUAAACAGCAUCAAAAGUCAGUUUGUGAAAGCAAAAGAGUAUGGUGACGAUAAAGUUCAGUUGUCUCUACAGACAUACACGGUGGUGGAUGAACAAAUAAAAAAUAUGGAUGCAUAUUUUAUGUGGUACGAAGCCAACAUCCAAGCUAAAGCCAUUAACGCCGCCAAAACAAUUGAGCAAGAUUCACAAAAACAAAAACCUAAUAAGACCGAGAACAAUGACAUUAAAAAGAAACAAUUAGAUAAAGGAGGAAAAAAAACAAGUGCUGCAUCUCAAAAAGCACAGUCGGAUGUCAAUGUUCCUAAAAAUUUCCCUAAAAGCGGAGUGGUCGGUGCACUGGUUGGCAAAGGGGUUGUACGUCCGGCUGCAGUAAUCGACAUGCCUGUUGAUCCGAAUGAACCAAAGUUUUGUCUGUGUAACCAAGUCUCAUUUGGGGAAAUGAUAGGGUGUGAUAACCCAGAUUGUACCAUCGAAUGGUUCCAUUUUGUUUGCGUCAAAUUGACUACUAAGCCCAAAGGAAAAUGGUUCUGUCCAAAAUGCAAACAGCCAGAAGAAAAACAGUAAUACAUCCUAUACUCUCCUCGAUUUUUAUUAUAAUAAUAUUUUAAACUUUCUUUCAAUUUUUAUCGCUUAAUAGACGUCAAAUGCUUUUACUAUCUAAAUAAUAUUAUAAAAUACUAUUUAA